CUUUUCUGCUCCCAUUUCCCAUCGCUUCAUUUAUUCACCUAUUCAUGAAUACCUUUCGCAUCCUCCACUUCAACGAUGUCUACCAUGUUUCCUCUGGCGACCACGAGCCUGUCGGCGGCGCCGCGCGUUUCGGCAGCCUGAUGCACACCCUGCAGCAGGACACCUCAAAGGCGCCCGCUCUGACGCUGUUCAGUGGCGAUGCGUACUUCCCAAGUCUCGAAAGCAGCAUAUCGCGAGGCGAACACAUGCUGCCCGUGUUGAACGAACUCCGAAUCGACGCCUCCGCCUUUGGCAACCACGAGUUCGACCAAGGAAUUGAUCUGCUGGAAAGCUUGAUCGAGCGAAACAAUUUUCCCUGGAUUAUGACUAAUCUGACGGACAAGGAGUCUGGUGAGCCAGCAGCUAGAAACGGAAUCAAAUACCUGAUUAAGGAGAUCCAGGGCCUGCGCGUGGGCAUCCUUGGCAUUAUCGAGAAGGAGUGGCUGGACACGCUGCCCUGCCUGCCGCCCACCUUUGUAUACCACGACUUUGUGCAGACUGCCAGAGAAAUGGCCCUGAAGCUCAAAGACCCCAAGGAUAGCGAGAUGUCUUGCGAUCUGGUCAUUUGCCUGUCGCACAUGCGCUUGCCCAACGAUAUCAAGCUGGCCGAUGCUUGCGAGGACGUCGUCGACUUGGUGCUUUCGGGCCACGACCACUUUUACUAUUUGGGCUCGGGAGUUGACGAAUUUGACGACCCCGAUGGUGACCUUGUUGCUGCGCACUCGAGCGCCGAUGAAAAUGAGGACCAGCGCAUGCUCGAUAUCUGGAAGAAGGAGCGAAAUGACUUGGCUCUUGGAACUCGGGGACGCCGUCUUGUAAAGAGCGGUACUGAUUUCCGCGACCUGAGCGAAAUCACGCUCGGUAUCGAAAAGACAGAGUUGGGCGCCGCUCGGAUUGCCAAAAUCGCUGUCACCCGCCACCGCAUCACCAAAAAGACGCCGGAGAACGCCGAGAUCAAGCAGAUAGUCGAGAAGAUCGAGACUCAUUUGAGCAAGGCCCUGGACAAGGUCAUUGGCUUCAGCACCGUCCCCUGGGACGCCCGGUCCACUAUCUGCCGCAUACAGGAGAGUAACAUUGGCAGUUUGUCCGCCGACCUCAUGCGCUUGUGUUACGCUGAGAGUGUUGGUGUGCAUAUUGGUUUUCUAUGCGGUGGCGCCAUUCGCUCAGACACGGUUUAUCCCAAGGGCCCGGUGCGCCUACGAGAGAUCAUGGAGAUAUUCCCCUUUGAGGACCCCAUUAUUGUGGUUAGGCUGACUGGUGAUCAGGUCAGGCGCGCGCUGGAGAACGGUGUCAGCAAGUGGCCCGCGCAGGAGGGCCGGUUCCCGCAGGUCAGCGGAGUUAGGUUCGAGUUUGACCCUGAGCGCGAACCUGGAAACAGAGUCACUUCCAUUAUCAUUACCGCGUCUGCGAAGGCUGCCGCCAAGAAAGCCCAGAAACAGGACACGGAACUAACUGCACUGCCACGAAUUCGGCACUCGGCAUCAUCAAAAAGCGGAGGCAGCAUGCACCGCAUGGCUCUUGAAAACACACUUGGCAGCUUGCAAUCGCCGCCACCGUUGCUGUCGCCGUCGCUGUCACAACAAGAACAGCAAAAGCAGAAACAUUGUCGGGAGAAUAGUGAGACAUCGUCACUGGGCGACUCUGAAUCAGAUGUGGAGUCCGAUUAUGACGGCGAAGAGGAUGGGCCGCUCGACAUGAACGCUUACUACAAUGUUGCGACCAGAGACUACAUGUACCAGGGUCAUGACGGCUACGGGGCGCUGAACGAAGGCGAACUGUUAGUCGAUGAGGAGAACGGGAUCACAUUUGCUAAUCUCUACCGCCGCUACUUCCGCGGACUUGCCGUAAUCAAUGCCCUUCGGUUUAAAAAGCAAGGAUACGCUGGGAAUUGUUCGUUGGCCCGUCACAGCUCCACCGCACAGCCGACAGUAGCAAGUGGAAGUGGGAAAUCUGAGUGGAAGCGACUAAUAAUCAAACACGCGGACAAUCUGAGGGCACUGGCACGUGAGAGGGAGCUGGAAGAGCAGCAACAGCAGCAUAAGAAAAAGGAAGGGGAAAAACCGCAGACCCUGGCCUCUCGAAUUGCCGCCAUAGUGCAACAGUACAAUGAGACUUUGACCAACAAGGCGCAGCUGCUGACACACCAUAGCUCCGGCGUGAUCAAAGCCCUUCUCUUUAGCGCUCGUCGUCUGGAUGAUGACCAAGAACCCAUGCGUGUAGCUCGGACGGCGCUAUUCGGCCAUGAGGAUAACAGCACCGUACCCAUUCCUGAAUCCAAUAUGUCGCGACCCGAAGAUGAGAGCGUCCCUCGGAAUGAUGAUGCCGGCGGCUUGAUGCCCGGUUUGCUUAUUAACCGCAAGGACACCCGGACAAAUGCCACAGAGGAGUUGCUUGCAAAGUGGGCUGUGGUGUCGCCGCAAGUCGAUGGACGAAUCAAAAAUAUAUCUUCCAAAAUUGCGUCUACAGCUUAGACUAGUUGCUUGUAUUUUUCCAAGGCAUAGACUGUUCAAUAUAAUAGUAAAAAUUAAAUUAAAUGAA